AUGUUGCCUCUUCUGCCAAUCACCCUCUUCCUCCUUCACUCCUGCUUCCCAAGAAGAGGAAGCAAUCCCCUCCUCUGGGAAAGCCUGCCUUGGCUAAAGACUGAAUUUGCACUCCGCCUCUACCACAGCAUGGCAGCAGGGAAAAAUGGGACAAAUUUUGUCAUCUAACCUGCUGGUGUGUCUCUCCCACUGGAAAUCCUGCAAUUUGGAGCCCCGGGGAACACUGGCCGGCAGCUGGUAGAUGCCUUGGGAUACACUGUAUAUGACCCAAGAGUGAGGAAUUUCUUGCAUGCUGUUUACACCACACUAAGCAACUCCACCCAAGGCACCAAGACGGAGCUGGCAUGCACCCUUUUUGUACAAGUGGGAACACCGUUGUCUCCAUGCUUUCUGGAGCAGGUCUCCUGGUGGGGUAACAGCAGCACAGAGCCAACUGACUUCAGUAAACCUAACAGCACCACCAUUCAGACCAACAAAGAGGAACCUGGACAACCCACAGGCAGGGGUCCAGGCAGACUACCAUGGGAGCAGGUUAGUGCUGUGUCUAUCCAGCUCGCCCUUGUGAGCACCAUGACCUUCCAAAGCACUUGACAGAGGACUUCCUCCAUGGACUCACAACCCCUGCCUUUCACCUGUGCCCAUGGCCUCAUCCUCCAGGUCCCCAUGAUGCACCAGAUGGCUGAGGUCAACUAUGGCCAGUUCCAGGGUGCUGUAGGUCAUCAGGUGUCACUGUUGGAAUUCCCAUACCUGAGAAGAGCAGCAAGUCUCUUCCUGGUACUGCCCCAUGACAGAGAUACACCCCUGGGCCACAUUGAUACACAAUUUACAGCCAGAGUCCUUCACCUCUGGACCAGCAGGCUGAGGAGAACCAGGACGGAUGUGUUCCUCCCCAGACUCUUGCCCAUGAGGCAGGUUAAUUGCAUAACUUAUACAGAAUAUACACAGAAUGCAGUCAUGCAACGCCAGGAUGGCUUUUAUGUUUCUGAAGCAAUCCACAAGGCCAAGAUGGAGGUUUCAGAGGAAGGCACUAAGGUAUCUGCAGCCCCAGCUCUGUUGUUAUUGAAAAGGUCUUGGAUUCCUGUUUUUAAAGCAGAUCAGCCAUUCAUCUUUUUCCUGAGAGAACCCAGCACAGGGUUUGUCUUCAGUGUUGGGAGAGUUUCAAAUCCCCUUGACUAA